AUGGGAGUUUCAAAGCCAUUAUCAAGUUGCACAGUGAGCGUAGUUGAUCGGGACCUGUUGAACCAAGCACAUCUAUAUGUCUUGGAGAAUACGGAGGAAGUCCUACCUUAUAUCGAGCAACAUAUGAUCCACAUCAAGACCGCUUAUCCAAAAUUUAGAAAGAGAACAAAGUGGCUGCAAGAUAAGCACAAUAUCACUUUCAUUCAAUGA